AGUGCCAGGUGCCAGGCAACGUGUUCGUGCAUUUCUGAAAACUGAUUUAACGCCGAUUUGGGUGAACACAAAGAUGUCUACACAGAUGGAGACCGAGGCAGGAGAUGUGGAGACCUUUGCUUUCCAGGCAGAGAUCGCACAACUUAUGUCCUUGAUCAUCAACACCUUUUAUUCAAACAAGGAAAUUUUUCUUAGAGAACUGAUUUCCAACUCCAGCGAUGCUCUUGAUAAAAUACGUUAUGAAUGUUUGACCGAUCCUUCUAAACUUGACACUGGUAAAGAAUUGUACAUUAAAAUCAUUCCCAACAAGAAUGAUGGCACUCUGACCAUCAUUGACACUGGCAUUGGUAUGACCAAAGCUGAUUUAGUUAAUAAUCUUGGUACCAUUGCUAAAUCUGGUACCAAAGCCUUCAUGGAAGCUCUUCAGGCUGGAGCAGAUAUUUCUAUGAUUGGUCAGUUUGGUGUAGGAUUUUAUUCUGCCUAUCUGGUAGCAGACAAAGUUACUGUUGUUUCAAAAAAUAACGACGACGAACAAUACUUAUGGGAAUCCAGUGCUGGUGGAUCGUUCACUGUAAGACACGAUACUGGGGAGCCCCUGGGUCGUGGUACAAAAAUUAUCCUUCAUAUUAAAGAAGAUCAAAGUGAAUACUUGCAGGAAAAUAAAAUUAAAGAGAUUGUAAAGAAACAUUCCCAAUUCAUUAGUUAUCCAAUCAAAUUAGUUGUGCAGAAAGAACGUGAGAAGGAGCUCAGUGAAGAUGAGUCUGAAGAGGUAGAGGAAAAGAAAGAGACUGAUGAUGGUAAACCAAAAAUCCAAGAUGUAGGAGAGGAUGAAGAGGCAGAAGAGAAAGAAGAAAAGAAAAAGAAGAAGAAGACUAUUAAGGAGAAGUAUACCGAAGACGAAGAGUUGAACAAAACCAAACCCAUCUGGACCAGAAAUCCUGAUGUCAUUACUCAGGAAGAGUAUGGUGAAUUCUACAAAUCAUUGACCAAUGAUUGGGAGGAUCAUUUGGCUGUAAAGCAUUUCUCUGUUGAAGGCCAGUUGGAAUUCAGAGCUUUGCUGUUUGUUCCUCGUCGUAUGCCAUUUGAUCUCUUUGAGAACAAGAAAAGGAAAAACAAUAUUAAGCUUUAUGUAAGAAGGGUAUUUAUUAUGGAUAAUUGUGAAGAAUUGAUUCCAGAGUAUUUGAACUUCAUGAAGGGAGUAGUUGACAGUGAAGAUCUUCCCCUCAACAUUUCUCGUGAGAUGCUUCAACAAAACAAGAUCUUAAAGGUCAUCCGAAAGAACCUUGUUAAGAAAUGCCUGGAGCUGUUCGAGGAACUCACAGAAGAUAAGGAUAACUACAAGAAAUUCUAUGAACAGUUUAGCAAAAAUAUUAAAUUGGGUAUUCACGAGGAUAGUCCUAAUCGCAGUAAAUUGUCAGAUCUUCUGAGGUAUCAUACUUCGGCAUCUGGAGAUGAAGCUUGCUCUCUUAAGGACUAUGUAGGUAGAAUGAAAGAAAACCAAAAACACAUUUACUUCAUCACUGGAGAGAGCAAGGAACAAGUUGCAAACAGCUCCUUUGUUGAACGUGUGAAGAAACGUGGUUUUGAAGUUGUUUACAUGACAGAACCGAUUGAUGAAUAUGUAGUACAACAAAUGAAGGAGUUUGAUGGAAAACAGUUGGUGUCUGUAACCAAAGAGGGAUUGGAACUUCCAGAAGACGAGGAGGAGAAGAAGAAGAGGGAAGAAGACAAGACCAAGUUCGAAAACUUGUGCAAAGUAAUGAAGAAUAUUCUUGAUAACAAGGUUGAAAAGGUUGUGGUCUCUAACCGUUUGGUUGACUCUCCUUGCUGCAUCGUCACAGCUCAGUAUGGCUGGACUGCUAACAUGGAAAGAAUUAUGAAAGCUCAAGCUCUAAGGGACACAUCUACCAUGGGAUACAUGACUGCAAAGAAGCAACUUGAAAUCAAUCCAGAUCAUGCAAUCAUUGAAACUCUCAGACAGAAGGCAGAGGUUGAUCAGAGUGACAAGGCGGUGAAGGAUUUGGUAAUUUUGCUGUUCGAAACUUCUCUUCUUUCCUCAGGUUUUACUCUGGAUGAACCCCAAGUUCAUGCUGCAAGAAUUUAUCGAAUGAUCAAGCUGGGUCUUGGUAUAGAUGAAGAGGAAACUGCAGCCGAAGAACAAAAAACAGAAGAUGUUGUACCAUGUGAAGCAGCAGAAGAUGCUUCCCGAAUGGAAGAAGUAGACUAGAUAUAAGAUCUGAUUAUGACAAAAGAAAUUAAUGUCAUUAUAGUCAUUAAAAGACUGUUAUAAAUAACCACGUUUUAUGUGGUAUUGAUAGCCAUCUUCAUUUUCAUCUUCUGUAUCAUAAAAACCUUACUUAAUUUAUCAAACCAAAUUUUGUUUAAAUACCAAAAAUCUUUGGAAUAAGUUAAACUUACAAUAAAGUAAAAUGUAU